UAAUUCUAUUGGAGAAUCACCCAUCAAAAUUUCAUCUUUGUCUUGCCCCGAUGGAUUUCUUGUGAUGAUCCUCGGCGAGAGCACACUUGUUCAUAGCUUCACUGCUGCUCAGUCAGCUCAUUAGCUAGCACCACAUUCGUGCUAACUCAUUUUCUCGAGAGGCGGAGGAAGCGGCAGCCCGGGCCGCCGAGCCUCGAGCUGGCGGUGGCGCACCCGCGGGGGGAGGAGAUGGCCGGGCUGGACGGCAGCGACGACGCCGAGGAGGGAGCCACGCAUGCCCGCGGCGCCCCGCCGCCGUGGCGGGAGCAGCUGACGGCGCGCGGGCUGGUGGCGAGCCUGGUCGUCGGCGCCAUGUACAGCGUCAUCGUGAUGAAGCUGAACCUCUCCACGGGGCUCGUCCCCACCCUCAACGUCUCCGCCGCGCUCAUCGCCUUCGUCGUCCUCCGCGCCUGGACGCAGGCGCUCGCCCGCCUCGGCGUCGCCGCCCGGCCGUUCACGCGGCAGGAGAACACCGUCGUCCAGACCUGCGCCGUCGCCUGCUACAGCAUCGCCGUUGGAGGUGGGUUUGGUUCGUACUUGCUUGGGCUCAACAAGAGGACUUACGAGAUGGCGGGGGAGGACACGGAGGGCAACGUGCCGGGGAGCUACAAGGAGCCCGGCAUUGCGUGGAUGACCGGAUUCCUUCUCGCCGUCAGCUUCGUGGGACUUCUCGCGCUCGUCCCUCUUAGGAAGGUCAUGAUAAUUGACUACAAAUUAACCUACCCAAGUGGGACUGCAACAGCUGUGCUUAUAAAUGGAUUCCACACACCUCAUGGGGAUGCAAUGGCAAAGCAGCAAGUAAAUGGAUUCACAAAAUACUUUGCUAUGAGUUUUUUCUGGAGCUUCUUCCAGUGGUUUUACUCUGGUGGAGACAAUUGUGGGUUUUCGCAGUUUCCAACUUUUGGACUAAAAGCUUGGCAACAAACAUUCUUCUUCGAUUUCAGCCUAACAUAUGUUGGGGCAGGGAUGAUUUGCUCCCAUCUUGUUAAUCUGUCACUCCUACUUGGUGCCAUUCUCUCAUGGGGAGUAAUGUGGCCACUGAUCAGUGAUUUGAAAGGGGAUUGGUAUUCAGCAGAUAUACCAGAAAGCAGCAUGAGAAGCCUGCAAGGAUACAAAGCCUUCAUCUGUGUAGCUCUCAUCCUAGGAGAUGGCCUAUACAAUUUUGUGAAGAUAGUUGCACUCACUAUUAAGAGUCUGUUUGAUAGCUCAAACCUGAAGAAUGCAAAGAAGGGGGAAGCCAUUCCUGUGCUUGAUGAACUUCACCGUAAUGAAGUUUUUACAAGAGACAAUAUUCCUUCCUGGCUAGCCUACUGUGGUUAUCUUGCAUUAACUAUUAUUGCAGUAAUUGCUAUUCCCAUGAUGUUCCAUGAGAUGAAGUGGUACUAUGUUGUCAUAGCAUACUUAUUGGCCCCUGCCCUGGGUUUCUGCAAUGCUUAUGGAGCAGGCCUUACGGACAUCAAUAUGGCGUACAAUUAUGGAAAGAUUGCCCUCUUCAUUCUUGCAGCAUGGGCUGGGAAAGACUCUGGUGUAGUUGCUGGCCUAGUAGGCUGUGGUCUGGUGAAAUCACUGGUGUCCAUAUCUGCUGAUCUGAUGCAUGAUUUCAAGACUGGACAUCUCACAUUAACAUCACCAAAGUCAAUGAUUAUUGCCCAGGCCAUUGGCACUGCCAUGGGCUGUGUAAUUUCACCGCUAACGUUCUUCUUGUUCUACAAUGCCUUUGACAUUGGCAACCCCGAAGGAUACUGGAAAGCACCAUAUGCUCUAGUCUACCGAAACAUGGCGAUUCUUGGUGUUGAGGGCUUCUCUGCUCUGCCUCAGCAUUGUUUGCAGCUCUGCUAUGGAUUUUUUGGUUUUGCAGUGGCCGCUAACCUUGUGAGGGACCUUUCCCCACCAAAGUACGGCAGAUGGGUUCCACUACCGAUGGCAAUGGGGGUUCCUUUCCUUGUUGGCGCAAGCUUUGCCAUCGACAUGUGUAUCGGGAGCCUGAUAGUCUUCACCUGGCACAUGCUUGACAAAAGUAAAGCAGCACUAAUGGUGCCAGCAGUUGCAUCUGGUUUGAUAUGUGGGGAUGGCCUUUGGAUCUUCCCAGCGUCCUUGCUUGCCUUGGCCAAGAUCAGUCCACCAAUGUGCAUGGCAUUUAGGUCUACACACUAGAGUAAAAUGAUGUUGUAAUUAUGCGCGGGCGACGGAAGCUCCACAUACCAGUAGAAGGAUGCAGCAAGGCAAUGGUGCAGUAUUAUUGGAUAGCUGAUAUGGGUUUCUUGGAGGUACCUGUGCAGUAAAUAUUGGAAAUGUGCCAACCGUAUUACCAUGUCAAUGAAGUAACAUACCAGAUUCAAGAUGAUUCAUCAAACAACAAUGAAUUAUUUGAUUGCUUCAUCUCUCACAAGUCACCAGUGCAAUUGUUGGCUUUAGCCUGUAGGCGCGAAUAGAAGAAAUUUUGUACAGUAGGAAAAAGUGUAGUAUAUACAUAAUACAUGUAUAUAUUUGGUUAUAAGUUGAACACCUUUGGCUAAAUAUUAUCCAUAACAAGUUCCUUUCAAGAGCAGCUGAUAAAAUUCUUGAUCUGCCAGUUUCCAGCUGAUUUCAGUAAAUGGUGUCAUCAGAAGAUAUGUUAUCGGAUGCGUAUGGGAGCGAAAGAGUUGGGAAAUGAUGUACUACAUGGACUGAUCAAUACUGACCAGGUAUUGUGAAAGAUAUGCCCAUCCAAUAAAACUACUGCAAUGAUUGAUUUAUCAAAUCCUCAUACAAAAGCAGUUACUGCAAAGAAGUGUCGAGUCGUUAUCUUGUGCGGCGAUUCUUUGUCAUGAAAAAGUGGUCUGCAUUUGGUACCUUCAAAUCAGAAUAUUUGACGAGAUCUUCCAAGGAUAACAAUCUGCAAUUGGCUCCAUCUCAAAACGAAAAACUGGAAGGAAAAAUGAUUGGGCCAUAAAAUUUGUGACAGGUAGGUCCCUCCAUUGCUAUCCAUGGGCUGCUUGGUUGACUCUUAAGCGUUUCACCACAAUAGGGUUCUUGAAUCCGAAGAAACUCUCCAAGUUGAUCAUCUGUCCACAGCGAGGCUUACAUCACUGGACGGUAGGCCCAUAGGUGUAGUCAUCAAUGAACACCAUAAAACAAUUCAGUGGGCAUGCUCGGCCAAAUUAUCCUGUGAACCAAAAGAAACUUGCUUAAAAAAUGAAUCUUUGACAGCGAAUUGUUCAGCUACAACGCUGCAGUCACUUGCCUUUCUGCAUUACAAUCCAGAUGCUGAUGCCUGAAAGGGACAGGGCAUCUUGUGAAUUUUCCAGCCUCCACACGAACAGCCCUCGGUGUGGAUCGACGUCGUUCACUGAUGUCUCCGCUCACUCGAGAGCCGAAGAUGCUCGGAUGCGCAGGGUGGUUCAGUUUCUCCGCUGAAAAGACAAUAUUUCAUGGAAUCCUCGCGUACUGCUCGCCUUAGUGCCUAUUUCUCCUUUAGUACUAGUGAUGUCCUUUCAGGCCUGUUUGAUUGCUGAAUACAUUUGCUCAUAUCCUCUACGCUCUUACCCGGGUUAACGUCCAGAAUUGCCUUGGAUAAACCGCGGAAACUUUUGCUUCGCAUGGCUGCAUUGAAAAGUGAA